ACCUGGACUACAAGUACCGAAAGGCUGACAGGGAUCUCCUAUGGCUUCUGUACUGGAGGAGAAUGGUUAUAUCACUGAGAGCUGCCCCAGAACUGCUGACUCAGAUGUGGAGUCGGGGGACACUGCCCGACACAAGUUGGAGUCUUUGCUGAACCGGAACAUGAGGAUCCAAAUGACAGACGGCCGCUCUCUGAUUGGCUGUUUCCUCUGUACUGACAGAGACUGUAAUGUCAUCUUGGGCUCCGCCCAGGAGUUUCUGCGGCCCUCCGACUCAUUUCGUAUUCGGGAGCCGCGGGUGCUGGGUCUGGCCAUGGUGCCCGGGCAUCACAUUGUGUCCAUCCAAGUGGAGCUGGAGACCUCCCCGCAGUAUAUCUAAUAUUGGGACCAUUGUAUCUGUGUUCUUUGGGAAGCCCAACCCCUGAGUACAAUGCCCGCCCCCUGAGUACAGUGCCCGCCCCUGAGGCUAGGGUUGUUGUGUGUGUUUUGUCAAUUGGUAAUUAUUGUAUUAAAUCCAUUGCUAAAGGGGCAGGACCUUGUUCUUUCCAGCAGAGGCGAUACAGGGGCCCCACUAAUGACCAUGACCCCUCCCCCAUACAUGACAAUUACAGCUCCGGCCAUGUGACUCCCCGCAACAAAUAUUCGGAUGUUAAACAGUGAAAAGGGAAAUAAACUGUAUUUUAUAUUCAAAUUCCGCCCAAUAAAAAAAUCAUUUGGCUUACAA